AUGACAAGAAACAACUUCCACAACUACUACAACUACUUUUGUUCCGCUGCCGCCGUGCAGCAUGACGACAACAAUGACAACAACAAAGGCUAUCAAGCUCCUGGUCCCACAAAGUCUGUGCACAAUUUUGAGAUCAAGCUUCCAGUGGGACUGUCUACCAAAGUACAGUCAGCACUGACCAAUGCUACCACUAUCCUUCAACAAGUUGACACAUACACCGCCAACAUCAGCAAUGAAGAGAAACCGUGGAGCCCAACUCCGGUCAACGUCUCUGAUUGUAACCCAGCAAGAGCCGUUCUUGAAUACCACAUAGGGUUUAUUGAGGACUCCAAGCGCUCUUUUACUGAUGUGGAGAUGAUUCGUCCUCAAAUCAGCGUGCACUUUCUUGGUGACACGGGGUCUUCCACCCUGCUUAUGCUGAGCAAUGCAGCUAGGGCACUGCUACAAGCACUGAACAAGGCUAAGCGCGUUCAAGAUCUGCCACCCAACCUUUUUGACCUGCGCAACAACGAGAUGGCCAAUCACAUCUGGACAAACAGUGGCUUUAUAGUGAAUCUGUGA